UACAUUCUACACGAGCUUGCACACUCCGAAGGCUUUUCCAUCUCGCCGAAAGCGGGGCAUCGUGGCCACCAUACGCAUAAAGCUGUGAGUUUGGAUUCGACGGACGGCUAUCAGCUCCUUCCUGUCUAACCUCCCAUGACAUGGCGUACUUAGCUCAAUUGGAGGCAGUUUCGAGGGAUCUUUCGGCAGCGGUCGAGGAGCUUGCCUCGCAUUACAGGAAUGGAGGGAUAAACAGUCUAGGUGCCCGACCACCACAGCUGCUACCCACAGGAGCACCUCCAGAUGUCCGCCGAGCAAGAGAGUCCGCGUUGGCAAGUCUGACUAGAUUGCAAGUCAUGCUGGCGGAACCGACGGAUUUGCUGCAAAACCUGGCAGGCCAGGUGCAAUUACUUGCCUGUAUACAAUGGCUUGGCGACUGGCAAGUUCCAGCUUGUAUCCCGUUGGAGGGCACCGCCUUGAUCAAGGAUGUUUCCAAUCUUAUCGGGGUCCCAGAAAGCCAGCUCAAUCGGGUUAUCAAAAUGGCUACAACCGGGGGCUUUCUCCAGGAACCGCAGCCCGGCCUUGUGUCCCAUAGCGAGAUUUCCGCAGCGUUUGUGACAAAGCCCUCGUACCUCGACGCAGCCAUGUUCUUGGCUGAAACGGCUGCCCCUGCCGCGUUGACCAAGGCGACAAGUAUAAAGCAAGAUUCCGCCUCCGAUGAGCGAAAGGAUGGGAUCCCUUGUCUGUCUGCCUUCGCCACUGCCAGUGAAGCCCAAUUGCCCCGCCUCCAGCGGCAGUGGCAGGCCUAUCUCCGACAUGGAACGGGCCAUGUGUGCGACAUGGCGAUUGAUGUCCUGACUUGUCUAGAGGGAGUUCGCACGACGAAUGAGUCUAUUGUUGAGGUCGGCGCACGAUCCACGGAACGGGCCAUCGCUCUCGCAAACCAGUAUCCAUCGCUCCGCUUUACAGUCCAGCUCCAAUCCUCCCGACAUGACCGACUUCGGACUUCGAAUCCCCGGAUAACCAUCUCGCAUCGACCACCAGGAUCACCACAGCCAAUUCUCAACGCAGCACUGUACAUCCUCAAUUUUCCCAUCCCCGUGCCAGGCUCAUCAUCUGCCUUGGUACCGACGCAGCUCGUGGCUGAACUUCGCGCGCAUCUACCUGCGUUGCGGCUUAACCGGUCGGCUACGUUGGUCGUAAUCGCUCCCUCGACGUCGGACUCUGAUGAAGGGAUUAGGUUGACGCGAAUCCGCGACCUGUCCCUCCUACAACUGGUGAGGCAACGGGAGCUGGGAUUGUCCGAAGUGAUCAACCUGCUGAACGGAGUCAGUGACGGGGAGGGAAGACUGGUGCUGGUGAAUCAAGUGCGGUCGGCCGGAAAGUAUGGGGUUGUUGCGUUGGAAGUGAAGUAUCAGCCUCAUUAAUUUGGCAGAUAAGAAAUGCGUGUAGCGAUUGAAAGCGAUCAUCUCAAAUCUACAAAAUAUGCUAGUGUCUCUCAAGGCCAUGCCCCUUUGGUGCUUGAUCAGACUGGCGCUGUUC